AAGCGAUUACGGUUAGUCAGAAGUUGAACGCGUUGGCGAGCGUGUGCCGGUGUCCAGUGUCAGGUAUCUAGUGCAAUACAAACGGAUUAUUAAGCAAGUGAUACAAGUGAGACAAGGCUAAAAGGAUAUUUAUUACUACAGAAUAAAAGGAUAUUUAAUAUAAGACUAUUGAAAAUACCAUCCGUGUGAGUGUGUGUUCAAAUUUUAAACGCUACCGAGUGAUCGUAAAUGCAUUGGAGCCAUGUUUUGGUGUAAACAUUUUGCGGUGCUGGCAUUUUUGCUGGCUUUAUCGGUGUCCUCAAAUGCAUCGUCCCAAGACAAAUCAACAACUGCAGCAGCGGAAACGACUCAAGAUGAGGACACAAUCGACUUGACUCCACCUGCAGACCUCACAACCGAAAAGGACGAAGAUGAACGCGGUGCCGGCCAGAUCGUGGGCCAGUCUUUGUUUACACCGGUCUUAGGACAGUCUAUCUUGCCAACACCAUUAAAUUUAUUUAGUGCAAUGUUUCCGGCGUUGAACUCCUUAUUACUAAUGGGCAACUUGUUCCCGGCAACGUCUCUUUUGGGCGCGCCCUCGUUAUUGGGUUCAACACAUCAAUUAGGAGCUGCAGCGAGCGAUGAGAUGCCAGCCGAUUCAAAGGUUGUUUUGGUGUUAGCUGAAGACCGUAAUCCUAAUGCUGCGAUGAGAGCAGCCCAUCAGGAAGCUGCACGAACAAUUCGGCAAAAUGAUAUGUUUAGUCAGUUCUUGGCUCAAUUCGGUCAAGCUGAUUUUGGGCAGAUGUUAGCGCAGUCAUUGGAACAAAUGCAACAACAGAAUCCCAAUCAAUUGUUACAGCAGAAUGCUGGGCAAUUGUUACAGCAAUUUGUACCGCAAGAUUUCUCUCAGACGAUGGGUCAACUUUUAUCGCAAACGUUUCAACAGAUCCCCGGUUUAGAUCUGUCACAGCUUCCAAUGUUAGGGCAGGCACCACCAUCCGCCGAUCCUUCGGUAGGUUCAGCAAUGCCAGAAGCGGCAGGUGAAGCUGCUUCUUCUGCAGGCGGUGCUGCACCACAAACGCCUACGGGAUUUCAAAUUCCAAAUUUCCAGUCAGCCUUAGAUGCAGGAACACAAUUAUUGGGUCAGGCUUUGCAACAGCCAAAUAGUGAUCCAAGUUCCGGUUUCCAGUUACCAAAUUUUCAAUCAGCUUUGGACGCAGGUACACAAAUGCUGGGCCAGGCCUUUCAACAAGCUAAUGCCGAUGGAUCUUCUGGUGGAUUUCAACUACCCAACUUUCAGUCUGUCAUAGAUACGAGCAACCAAAUGCUGAGCCAGGGUGGCAGCUUAUUUAAUCUUCGUCCACUGCAAUCGUUAGAUCCAUCCACAUCUGCAUCAGAUGCAGAACCAGCAGCUUCACAGGUAUCUGAAGUUCGUGUCAAACCGGAUACCAUUUCCAUAGCUGACCAUGACCAGAAAAUGCGAAAGGAUGUGAAUAUGGAUGAAUUGAAAAUGACGUCGGCCUUGCAAAAAGCUCUUCUACAUAAGAAAUUACCAAUUUUGUGGUUCCGCAUUCCCGCUGAUUCAUCUGAAAACGUUCAUGACCUUGAAAUGAAAGAACCCAACGCAUCUAAAGUGAAAAAUGCCGAAGAAAAGCAACUACAAACAAGGUUGCAAGCAUUCCAACGCCAAGUUAUGACCGAAUUAAAGCUGCUACAGGACAUAGAACGUCAAGCUAAGGAAAUGCGUGCGGCUUCAUUGGGCUCAAAGUUACAGAGUUUUAAAGAUGAUGCUAAUGCUAACACACAUACCAGUAUGUUGAGUAAGAUACCAAUUCAUAAAAUAACCCGCUCUGAUAUUGAGAAAGCUUUGAAUGACGAUUAUGUCAAAAAGCUUUUGCAUAAAGCCGCGAUUGCGAAUCGCAAAGAAGUUGGAAAGAUGCCCAUAUAUACGCCAAGUGGUGUAAAUAUUAAACGCCAAACCUCUAAGUCAACGAUGGCUCCACGACAAAUGUCAAGAGAUGACAUUGUGCGCUUGAUGGCCUAUGCAUAUCGCAUGGCAAGUGAUAAUGGAAUUCGAAUGUUGGAAUCUUCAGAGAGUAAGAAGCCAUCAAGCGACCCGGAAUUAGAUGGUAAUCAAGCUUCCGGAGAUACUUCCAAAACUACAGAACGUAAGUGGCCAUCAGAUGCACAGACACCGAUGAAUAGACAGUGGCUGGAUGAAGAAAAUCGAAAUUCAGAUGCGAAAGCUUUUAAACAGGAUCCCAAGUUAAAGCAAAUGAGACAAAUGUGGGCAGAGCCACAGCCACAAGUGGCAAUACAGCAGCCUAUGAUGAUGCAGCAGAUGCCGUUGCCAAUGAUGCAACAACCUGAGAUGCCUCAAAUGGUAGCUAUGCAAGCUCCAAUGGAAUUACAACAGAUGCCGAUGCCAAUGAUGCAACAACAGCAGAUGCCUCAGAUGGUAGCACAACAAGUUCCAAUGGAGAUACAACAGAUGCCGAUGCCAAUGAUGCAACAACAGCAGAUGCCUCAGAUGGUAGCGCAGCAAGCUCCAAGUGUGAUGCAACAUAUACCGAUGCCAAUAAUGCAACAACCACAUAUGUCAGUUCCCCAAGGUCCAAUGGAGAUGCGACAGAUGUCAAGGACGAUGCAAGAGCCCCGGAUGGUAGCACAGCAAACACCUAUGGAACAAAUUCAAGAGCCCCAGAUGGUAGCACAGCAAGCGCCAAUGCAGGUUCAACAGAUGCCGAUGCCAAUGAUGCAACAACAGCAGAUGCCUCAGAUGGUAGCACAACAAGUUCCAAUGGAGAUACAACAGAUGCCGAUGCCAAUGAUGCAACAACCACAUAUGGUAGCCCAGCAAGCUCCAAUGGAAAUGCGACAGAUGUCAAGGACGAUGCAAGAGCCCCGGACGGCAGCACAGCAAAUACCGAUGAUGAUACAAAAUCCUCGGGUAGCGAUGCAGGAGCAGCCUAUGCUAAUGCAGCACACACCUAUGAUAUCGCAACAACCUCAGACCGAGGGAAUGCCGCAAAUGAGUGCACAAGACGGUACCAUGAUGUUGCAACAAAUGUCGCCGGAUAUGCAACGUCAAACUGAAGAACAAAACUUAGUCGGUGAGGCUACGCCACAAAUGUCUGAGAAUGCUGGAAAAGCUCGAUUUAAAGGCGGCUCCGCUUUUGAUGAAUUCGAUAUGUUUGGACUGGGUGGAGGCCAUGAUAAAGGGAAAAAACAAAAACAUGGAAAACAUUCUGGCUUGAGACCGACAAUUAUUAAUUAUUAUUACAAUGCUGGUGGCCGUCCAUCAACUUAUAGUACUGGUGGAUAUGGCGGUGGAAGUUCAAGCUAUGGCUCAAGCAGCAAACCCAGCUAUGGUGCGAGUUAUGGUAGCGGUGCUAGUGGAAGUUAUGGUACGCCUAGCGUCUAUGCUGGAAAUGGCCCAAGUUAUGGAAGCUACGGUGCAAGUGCCGGAGGAAGCUACAGUAGCGGAUCUUACAGAACAGCUGUUGGAGAUGAUGAAAUAAGAGCAAUGCUUCAGGAGCACUCACAAAUGAAAAUGAUGUCCGACACAGACCGCAACCCCGUUAGUACCACAGUUGUGCCAAGUACAACAACAUACCAGGAAACGUCAUUGGCCACUGAAAACAUUAAUCAAAAACAACCAACAUCGCAGACGGAAACAUCUUCGAUUAGUGAUAAGCCAAAAUCUACCACAACAACGUCUACAAACUCGCCAACCACAACUUCUUCAAAGUUAACAAGCUCUAGUGUUAAUCCAGAAAGUUCAUCUUCUAUGGAUCCUGAAAAUGUAGGGUCGAUUUUCAGCUUCAGUCCGAAUAUCUUAACACCUUUUAUGGAGUUACAAUCUGUACCAUUAUAUGAAAGCGAUCCAUGGAAUCACAAAUCGUAUGACUUGCACUAUCCUCUCUAUGUGGGUGGUGGAAGUUAUGAACCAUAUUUAAAUAGCAAACGCUUAAAACGGAAUUCGCGUGGUUACACAAACAACAUACUCACACCCAGUAUUCUGGAUCAUUUCUUGAAAGUACGUGUGCAAUUUGAAAAGAGCUUUCCGGAGCUUUAUAAAAGCUUACGUGAUCAACAGCGCGCCCUUAAUUUGACCAGAGUAUUUGUGAAGCCGCCCGUGAUACCUAAAACAGUGAUGUACCCACCAACAGAAUUGGGUGCUGCCGAAUUGUUACCAUCAGAUUUCAGCUCCAUUCAAAACAUUGAUCCCACUACUAAAAUCGAAGAUGUUACAGACUAUUUUUUAUUUGAUGAUGAUGAUUAGAAUAAUACGUUCUUGAAAGUGGCCUACCAAAUAUUUGUAAUUGAGAAGUGUAAAAUAAAAUAAAAUAAAUAAAUGUGUAAAA